CCCACAGUCGUAAAUGACCCGGCAGCUUUACUGAAACCACAUGGAAAUGAAGUAAUGACGAAAGUGAUGAGGUUUUUUGCUCAUUGACUUCUGCACCUCACAAGUCUCUCUCUGUGUUUAGUCACUUUAGUGUUGCGUUUUAGCUAUAUAGCUGCUUCCUCAACUUUCAAGUAUUCACUCACCGAUCGACUCUGGUCAUUCCUCUCUGUAAACUAAACCAAACCAAGGUUAAAGUGCAGACUGCAGACUAAUAGCAGCUAGCUCUUCAGUUUCCUUCUGAUUUGAGAGUGUCCCUACAUCUUACAUCAACCUUCUUUCGGUUUUACUUCAGGAUUAUAUGCCAAAUCAUAACCAAGCAGAAACAAAAAGAAGAUCCAGAUUUCGUUCGUACUCUAUCCUAUUUUAAGCUGAGAAUUUAGAGGAACAUACCUUCAUUCGUAUGUCAUUACCAAACAACUAAGUCUCCCCUGCACACUUGUGGCUAGCGACUUUCUCUCAGUUUUACUUUGAUUAUUGCUCUACCUACUUCUCACAUGCAAAACAGCCAUAACAAAAGAUACAAAUUUCCUUCGUACACUAUCCUGUUUUAAGUUUCAAGCAGAGAGUUUGAAGGAGUAACUACAACUUCAUUCAUAGAUCAUUACCAAAACAGUUAAGACAUGGAGUUUCUUGUUGCAAUUGGUACUGGAAUUGUUGGAAAGAUUGCUGAGUACACAGUUGCCCCAGUUGCACGCCAAGUGGGUUACCUAAUCCAUUACAACAGAAACCUCAAAAAAUUACAGAGUCAAUUGAGCGACUUGGAUGCUACAAGAGAGAGUGUGGAGCGCAAGAUUGAUCAAGAAGAAAGAAGAGGGAGAAAAGUUGAAGCUUUUGUAACCAACUGGCUGAAGGAUGUGAACAAGAUUACUGGGGAGGCAAAAGAUAUCUUGAAAGAUGAACGCCAUGUCAAGUGUCUCCAUGGCUUUUGUCCUAAUUUAAAGCUCCGUCAUCAGCUAAGCAGGAAGUCAACAAAAUUGGUUCAGGAUGUUGCUGAACUCCAUGAAAAGAAAGAUUUUUCCAGUUUUGCAUACGAGGUUAACCCUAAAGAAGUGUGCAGCAUACCUACUAAAGAUAUCGAGGUGUUUGAUUCCAGGAUCUCAGUCGUGAAGGAAAUCAUGGAUGAACUUAGAAAUUCUAAGAUUUGCAUGAUUGGGGUAUAUGGUAUUGGGGGUGUUGGGAAAACCACACUUGUCAAACAAGUUUAUAGGCAAGUUACAGAACAUGAGAAGUUGUUUGAUGAUGUGGUUUUGGUACUAGAUGUGAAGAAGAAUCCAAGCAUUGAAAGACUUCAAAAAGAGAUUGCUGAGAAGUUAGGUAUGGACCAUCGUGAGAAUGAGACAGAAGCUGGAAGAGCACGCUAUUUAUGCGACAGGAUAAAAGGCAAGAAGAUGCUUCUAAUUUUAGAUGAUGUAUGGGAAAGAAUUGACUUGGAGUCUGUGGGGCUUCCUCCCUUAUCCACUCUUAAAAUACUUUUGACAUCACGGAGUGGAAGAGUAUUAUCUUCUGAUAUGGGUACACAAAAAGAGUUUCCUCUUGACGUUUUAGACGAAAAAGAAACUUGGACUUUGUUUGAGAAGAUGUCGGGUGAGAUUGUUAAAAAUGUUGCUAUACAAAGUAUAGCAACCAAAGUAGCCAAAAGGUGUGGAGGUUUGCCAGUAUUGGUUGUUACAGUUGCAAGAGCUCUAAAAAAUGGUACAAUACAUGAAUGGAAAGAUGCCCUCAGACGCCUAAAAAAGUUCGAUGGACAAGGAUUGACAGAGAAAGCAUACUCUGCUAUUGAGUGGAAUUAUAGUAAAUUGGAUAAUGAGGAGCUCAAGUCAUUGUUCAUACUUUGUGGAGUUGUGGUUGGUGCCUCCAACACUCUUUUUAUCUCUGACUUGUGGAAAUAUAGUAUGGGUUUGGGUUUGUUAAAAGAUGUCGACACAGUAGGAGAAGCGUGGGAUGCAUUGUGUUCGAUGAUUGAACAACUCAAGUACUCUUGUCUAUUGCUAGAGAGUGAUGAUAAUACGCUUGUUAGAAUGCAUGAUCUUGUAAAAGAUGUUGCUAAGAGAAUUGCUUCUAGAGAGCAACACGUCUUAUCAUUAUCACCUGGAAGUGAGUUGAAAGAAUGGCCAAACAAGGAUUUCUGUUCAAAGUGCACUAUGAUCUCUCUUGACCAAUGUGAUAUCCCCGAGUUUCCUGAAGUUUUGCAAUGCCAAGAACUGACACUGUUUCUUUUAGAUAAUGUAGUCCAGGAAAUCCCAUGCAAUCUUUUUAGAAAGAUGAAAAAACUCAGGGUGUUGGAUUUAACUAGAUUCAGCAUCCCAUUGCUGCCUUCAUCUCUUCAAUUCCUAGAAAGUCUUCAAACGUUGUGUUUGGAUCAAUGCACAUUGGGAGAUGUAACUCUGCUCGGACAGCUACAAAACUUGGAAAUUCUCAGCUUUCUAUACUCCAAAUUCAAAGAGUUGCCCAAAGAAAUUGGGCUACUAACACGUCUGCGAUUGUUGGAUUUGACUGGCUGCUCUCAACUCGAAGUGAUUUCACCUAAUGUUCUAUCAAGCUUGAAAAGAUUAGAGCACUUGAGAAUGAGAAAUAGUUUUAACGGGUGGGAGGCUGGAGGAGUCAUCGACACAGAAGGAAGUAAUGCAAAUCUUGAAGAACUAAAGAACUUGCCUCACCUAACCGAAUUACAACUACAUAUCCCAAAUGCUAACAUUCUUCCACCAGAUUUAUUCACUGGUUGUAAGUUAGUGAGAUUCCAAAUAUGUAUUGGCUCUGUGUGGAAAUGGGAUGAUGUGGAUGAAGCCAUCAAUGCACUAAAGCUCCAGUUCACUGCCAGCAAUCAAUUUGACCAAGGACUAGAAAUGUUGCUAAAGAGAACUGAAGACUUGUACUUGGAGGGGAUGGAGGGUGUUUAUAGCAGUAUUGUAUAUCAACUAGGUGCUGAAGGUUCUCACAAUCUGAAGCAUCUGCAUGUCCAAAACAAUGUUGAAUUUACCAAAUUUUUGUCUAUCAUAAACGGGAAGGUUAUGUAUCCCAACUUAACAUGGUUGGCGGUGAAUGACCUCAAUGGUUUAAAAUUCUUGUUAUCAUCUUCAAUGGCCAGAAGCCUUGCACAACUCAAACGUUUGCAGGUAUCAGGAUGUCAAACAAUGGAAGAGAUAGUAUCAUUAGAUGAAUCUGAUGAAGAAAUUGUAGACAACUUAUUUUGCCAUGUACAAGAUCUGGAGUUAAAGGACCUUCCAAAUCUCACUAAAUUCUGCUCAAGAAAUUAUACUGAACUUUCAAAUCCAUCCAUUGGGAAAUUGCAAUUAGUGGAUUGUAAUAAAACAAAUACAACUUGUGAAGAAAUUGAAGAGAUAGACUCAACUAGAAGCCUUGACAUUGUGAUUCAACACUUUCUUUUUGACAAUAAGGUAGAGUUUCCAAACUUGAAGAAGCUAUCCAUUGAUGACCUAGCAAAGUUGACGACAAUAUGGAACAAUCAACUUUCUCUAGAGAUUUCAAAAAAUCUAGAGACAAUAGAAAUUGUUUCGUGUGACAGUUUGAAAAGUAUUUUCCCUGUUUCAGUGGCUAGAAAUCUUCGACAGUUAACAAGGCUGAUAGUGAGGAACUGUGGAGUGGAGGAAAUCAUUGCAAGAGAGGAGGGACAACAAACAACACCUAAGUUUGUGUUUCCAAAAGUAACAAAAGUGAUUUUUGGGAAUAUGUCCCAACUCAAGAAUUUCUACCCAGGGAUGCAUGUGUCCAUCUGGCCAUCACUUAAUGAGUUAAGGGUGGUUCAAUGUGCUAAAGUCAAAGUAUUUGCCGAGGAAAUCUCAAAUUUUCAAGGACAUAAUGAGUCGGAACGUCUCAGUGUUCUUAUCCCGCAGUCUCUCUUUUUAAUUGAGAAGGAUUCAUUUCCCAAAUUGGAAUGUUUGAGCGUGAAUGCAAUGGAGUUUUCGAAUGGUCCAUUCCCAGCAGCAGCGCAGUUGUUUAGCAAACUAAAGCUUCUGGAUGUUUGUUGUCCAGAGUCCAUAUCAGCUGUUUUCCUUGAAAAAUUACUCGACCCAGAAGGAAACAGUGCAGUUGGGAUUGGGACCCAGCAGCUCCCACAUUUAAAAGAGUUGUGGCUUGUUCGAAUGGAGAAGCUGAUGCAUCUAGGCCAGGAUGAUGAGGAGGAUAACUCACAAUCAGCCCCCCGCAUCCCAAAUUUUCCAAACCUGCAAAUUCUAUUCGUGAAUUGUUGCCACAGCUUAAGGAAUCUGAGAUCAUCCGCAAUAUCCUUCAACAAUCUAACAAGUUUGGAAGUAAGUGUUUGCUACGGAUUGAAAUACUUGAUGACUUACUCCAUGGCCAAAAGUUUAAUGCAACUCACAAAACUGGAAGUCGAGGGAUGCCUAAGACUAGUGGAAAUAGUGGGAGGCAAUGAAGAUGACGAUUCAAGAAAUGAGAUUACAUUCAGGCGGCUGAAACAUUUGAAACUAUUGGGUCUACCAAGACUGCAAGGCUUUUGCUCCGGAAAUUGCAUCGCUAAAUUCCCGUCCUUGGAGACUUCAAGCAUGAGCAACCGCCUCAAGUUGAAGAUUUUCACAGCUCAUGACCAAACGCUAACCAACGAAGAGGAAGACACAGAUGUCGAUGCUAGUGAGAAGUGGCUGACUGCUGAUGAUAAACGGAAUUUGGCAAGUACUGAUUGAUAACCAGAUUCCAUCAUUCUACUGCUCCACCUGGCCGCAAUGGUCUGACAUAAGUGGAAGAUUGUUCACCAAACAUUUAUGUUGAUGAAUAUCUUUGGGGUGAUUCUAAUUUGCCAUAAUUUUCUCGCAUAUUAGAAUCCUGAGGAAGCUCAUGCAAGAAGGGGAGCUCUAUGGACCUUCAACCCUGAGCUACUAAUCAAGUCUUUGAAGACUCUGAGAAGUCAGGGAUCAGUAUAUGCACCUUCAUUUGACCAUGGUGUUGGAGAUCCAGUAGAGGAUGAUAUCUUUGUGAGUAUUCAGAAUAAAGUGGUCAUAGUAGAAGGAAAUUAUCUGUUCUUGGAUAAUGGGGUGUGGAAGGAAAUAUCGUCUAUGUUUGAUGAGAAGUGGCAAAGUGGAAGAGGUUUAGGCCGCCACGUUGUUACUGUUGUAGAAGCAGUUUUCUUUCAAUCCUAUUAAUAUCAAAUAGACAUAACAGCUAAAGUAAUUUUUUGGUGAUGGUUUUAUGAGAACUUUAAUUUAGAAUAUGAAGGGGUAAUACUUAAAAGAGUUGAUAAAUUUAUAUUUGUUCAUCAAUAAGAUAACUGUUUACACUUUGGAGCACAAAUCUCCUCAAUCAAUCUUAUUCAAGAAGGCAUUACAAAUUGGGCAUUAAACAGGUCAACUGUAGGAAAUCAAAUUGUCAAGGAAAAUUCUUUUUGGAAGCCGAAGACUAUCGUGGUGGUUAAUGGUUGACAAUCACUUAGAUUUUCGUCUUUCAACUUCGACCAUGAGCAACUGCCUCAAAUUGAAGAUUUCCAAAGUUCAUGAUAAAACGCUAUAGCUAACAAACGAAGAGGCAGACACAGAUGUCGAUUGUUGGGAGGAGUUGCUGACUAUUGAGGAUGAAAUGAACUCGGCAAGUACUAAUUUGAUAUCUUAAUCAGAUUUCACUAUUCUACUGCUCCGCCUCGCUGCAAUCUUCCUCAAUAGAAGAUUUGUUCACCAAAGUUUGCAAUGCUUUCAAACAGUGAAGCUCAUCCGGGGUAUCAAGAUGAAGUGGAAAUCGAGUUUUUGAGGACUACAUUUGGGAAGGGCUAUACCAUACAGACCAAUGUUUGCAUCAGAGGAAGUGGAGAUGGAAAAAUUAUUGGGAGAGAGAUGAAGUUACUUUUGUGGUUUGAUCCGAUCAUUAUGCUAUAUUAAGGAGAUUAUAAUGUCAAAGUGAUAAGUUUAUCAAGGACCGAACACAAUUUGCCAAGAGCCCUGUAAAUCAUGAAGUUCUGUUUUCCCUGCUCAAAGUCUUUAUCUCCUCCAGCAGGAAUCAUUGAUGACAGUACCUUCGCUGGAUCUGUAUGCUGACAGUAUCAGAGGGAAGCUCAAAUAGAAUUGAUGCUUCUGAAGUUUCGUCGGAGCUAAAAUCAAAUGGACAAGUUGUGGAUGGAAGUCUGUUCAAAGAUAGCAAGAUGAAUGUGACUGAGAUGCAGAUAGAUGGUUCAAUGCAGAAGUAGGAAUGGAAUGUGAGGUGUCUGUACCAAAGUCAGCUUCAGAUAUCAUUAUGAAAUGAUAUCAGAGUUUCUGGAUGAAUCUGAUGAAAAGAUCUCAGAUGAGUAUAAAGGAACCUCAUUGUGAAGGAGCACAAGAUUUGAUAGUUGCCAAAGAUUGUAAUUAUGUUAAUACUAUUCAAUCUGCGUUGCGACACAAAGUAAACGAAUCACUAAGUGCUGUGAAAAUUGUUGAGCCUAUUUCAUUGACUUUGAGUUCAACUCCCACUAAGAGACUGGCAAGCAAGAGUUCUGAUGUGAAUGUGGCUGCCACUGUAAUAGAGCCUAAAGAAGCUUCAAGGCUAAGGCAUUGGGUGAUUACAAUGGGAAAUUAGAUUUUGAAUCAGGUUCCAGCACGUAAGGGGAUUCUGAGAAUGAGGUCACUGAAGAUGAGGCAGUGGCUGAAGCUUCAUAUGAGCUUUAGGAUAACAUGAAUGCUAUCAUGGAAGCAAGUGAAGAAGAAGAUUCUGAGGAUGAGAGCUCUAAAGAUAGUCUGUUGAUGAAGCUUCAUCUGAGCAUCAGGAUAACAUGAAUGAUAUCUGGAAGCAAAUGAAGAGGAAGCUUGUUGCCUCUGAGAGUGAGACAGUGUAUUGUGUCUAUGUAGCCUGCUUAGAAUUUACGUUUUUAAAAUGUGUCAAUAUGCACAUCCGGUUAGAACACCGGCUUUUGUAAUAUGUAUAAAUUUCAUAAAGAUGUUUGGUAAACGUUUUUUAACGUAGGUCCCUUUAACUUAUGAUUGUUACUA